CAGAUGAAGAGAGAGAAUACUGAGUAUAUACUGAUCUCUUGACUUCCGAAGACAAGGAGCUAGUCAUCAUGGAUCUGCAUUUCACCAAGGACCCCCUUCCUACAGCAAUUAUUGCUUUUGGUCUUGAUCUUUACAAGAAGCUGAAUAGAAGUGACAUUUGCAAAAACAUCUUCUUCUCUCCAAUAAGUAUCACAUCCGCCCUGGCCAUGGUACUACUUGGUGCCAGGGGAAGCAGCAAAACUCAGAUGGAAGAGGUGCUACACUUCAAUAGGACUCUGGGAAGCGCAAGACCAGCUGCUUCUGAGGGGAAAAAGUGUCUUCUUGCGUCGGAACCCAAGAGAGAUACUGCAGCUCAGUUUUCAGUGGAAGAAGGAAUCUAUCCAGAGAUCAAGGAACUUCUGUUUCAGCUGAAUAAUCUCAGUAACGACUAUGAGCUGAACGUAGCCAACAAUCUGUUCAUGCAGAAAGGAUAUGAAUUUUUCAAGCAAUACCUCACACGCACGAAGGAAAUAUUUGGAGCUACGCUGCAAACGGUCGACUUUCAAAAUGCUACCGAAAAAGCAAGGCAGGAGAUUAACCAUGAAGUUGCCAGGCAGACAAAGGGAAACAUCAAGGACCUUUUUCCUCCAGGAAUUAUUCAGCAAGACACUGUGUUGGUGCUGGCAAAUGCUGUCUACUUUAAAGCAACUUGGGAACACCAGUUUGACCCAAAGCUUACGACAGAAAGAGAAUUUAGGCUGAAUGAGAAUGAAAGUAAACGUGUACAGAUGAUGCACCAGAAAGGUCGAUUUAAGCUGGGAUACACGAUGGAGAGGGACGCACAGAUCCUUUGCCUCCCAUACCAUGGCAAAGUGUUGUCCAUGAUCAUUAUAUUGCCAGACGACAUCAGCAAUUUGAAACAGGUUGAAAAUGCCGUGACCUGUGAGAAUUUAGCACGCUGGACUGCCUCAGAAAACUUGACAGAGGAGCAUGUUGAGGUGUAUCUCCCCCGGUUCAAGCUUGAAGAGUCCUUUGACCUCAACUCGUCUUUGCAAGCCCUGGGGAUGAUUGAUGUGUUCGAUAGAUCCAGAGCCGACCUUUCUGGGAUGGCUGCCUCGGAUCAGCUAUACUUAUCCAAAGUGCUCCACAAAGCCUUUGUGGACGUUGACGAAGUGGGGACAAAAGCAGCCGCUGCCACAGGCGCCGUGGUCUCCAACAGAUCCAUACCGUCUUAUGAACUAUUUGAGGCUAAUCACCCGUUCCUCUUCUGCAUCCUGCACAAUCCUAGCAAUGCCAUCCUUUUCCUUGGCAAACUCUGCUCCCCUUAGAACACAAGUCAGAUUCCUUCUGUCAGCUUAUUGAAAAGGGCUGAAAACAAAGUGCCUUGUCCAAUGAAAUAUUAAGGUCUGUUUUUUAUUUCUUUUGCAAUAGGGGACCACUUAUGCCAGGGAGGGGAAACUUUCGGCCUUGGAGUUGCAUGUGACUCUUGAUGCCUCGCUAUUUUAUUUUAUUUUUGAUAAUAUUUUUUA